AUGGCGGCCAAGGGACCGGAGUGUUCAAUCUGUCUUGAAGGUUACAAUGACCAAAGCAAAUGUCCUCGGAUACUGCCUUGUGGACACAGCUUUUGCCAGAUUUGCCUGGAGAGACUACUCCGUCGUAACAGCAUUCAUUGUCCCACAUGCAGAAAGACAGUCGGAGUUCCUACCGGUGUCGCGGGAAUGCCAAGGAAUUUUGCAUUAUUGGAAAUAGUGAACGAAACACCCAAUGAACAUGCUGGAAAUAUAGGACAUCCACUAGGCUCGUACGAAUGUGAAGCUUGUGAUGAGAAGCACCCUUCUACUUUCUGUUGCCUUGACUGCAGAGAAAACAUGUGCAAAACUGCAGCUCAGUUUCACACUCGCAACAAGGCAAGUCGUGACCAUCGGGUUUUUUCGCUCGAGGAGCUGAAAGCAAACCCUCGGUUGACUUCCGUAUCUGUUCUCUGUCCAGAACAUAACGAUCAAUUCCGUUUUUUUGACGAAAAUUGUGGCCGUGUUAUUUGUAGAGACUGUUACGCCCUUAAUCAUAGCAGGCACAAGAGUUUAGCACUGGAUGAAGCUGCUUCAAAGUACCGACAGGAAAUGGAGGAGCUUGUCACCAAGGCCAGCACUCAAGUCGAAAAGAUCAAAGUUGCUGAAGCUCAAGUGAUGAAAGAAGUUGUUUUCAUGGAGAAAGCUUACAAAGAACGGCAUGCUGAAAUAAAAGGCUUUUUUAAAGAAGUAAGGCAUCUCUUUUAUCAUUAUAUCGAAAGAUCGAGAAGGAAGCGAAACAUUAAUCAAUUUUUAAUUACUUACGAAUUUCGUUUAGCAUUUUUGUUUUAUGCAGGCAGUUACAUAAAGAAACAAAACUUUAUGUUCUGAACGUGGCUUGCAAAAACCAGUGAUUUGUUAAUACUUAAUGAUAAUAAGAAUAAUAACGAUAAUGAUAUUUAUUAACUUAUAUAACGCUAAUAUUUAUAUACAUAGUCUUUAACGCUUAAAAUAUCAGGGAAAAAUUUGUGUUGGUAUUAAAAAUAUUUAUAGGUUAUCAGUGAGAUAAAAAAUAUCAAAAACAAUAAAAUAUCUUAAAACGCUUCCUUAAAUAAAUAAGUCUUACUGAAGUGCCUUCUUAAAGAAUUAACCAAGUAAAAUAACACAUGCCAAAGCUUAGCUCAUGUUAGGUUUCGGGGUGCCGCUACGGCACAAGAACGAUCGGCAGUCAACCGCUCGGCUCGCUUCUCUCGUCGAAGUCUUUUGCUGUUUCUCCCCACUAAUACUACGUAUAUUGUAUAAAUGAUAAAAAAGCUGCACUAACAUGAUUAUUGAAAUCAUUGAACGUAUUUCAGUAAACGCACUUCGUAGCUAGCCUCCCACGCAGAAGUUACGCGCGUGACGAAGUCCUAAGCAGCUCGGCUAUUAAAGAACGUCUACCACGUACGCUUAUGAUCAGGUACUGAGUGCAGACAUCUCCUAUUUCCUAAUACUUCCGGCUUGCACGCAGGUUCGCAUUACCUCAGGACGCGGACGUAUCCACAGUUUUUUUCAUCUAGGUUGUUUGUUUGGAAUAGGUCUGCGGAUAUUACACAUGCAGUGUGUCUUUUCUUUUGUAUGUUUAUAGCUUCAUUCUGCGUUAAAUAACCGCGAGGAAGUUCUGAUUGCUAGGUUGGUCGGUCUAUAUCAUCACAAGGUAUCCAUUCUCAUGGGCCAGCGAGACCGUUUGCAACAAAACCAAACAUGUUUAGAGAAUGCACUUCAACGAGCAAAGACCUCCAUCCAAUCUCCUAGCGAUGUUGAAUUCCUUCUCAGCAGGCAGGCUAUAGUGUCUCCACUCGAAACCAAAGAAAGCUACUCUAUGGUGCUUGAGCCAGAGGCCCAGUUUUUGCCGGAGUUCACUAAGCCGGACAACAGUAAGGAGGAAAAGAAAAGCAGAAAGGUAAGAAUGAUUCGGAUUUAUCAGAUCUAGAAGCAUCGGUCCAUUUUCACCUGAAUUUUCUACAAUUAAAUGUAGUUUUAAUGUUCAAAUUACAAUAAAAACUGAGUUAUUUCUCUUACUCCUGCUCCGGAAAUGGACUCAAACUCCUGACAAGUCGAACUUUUUUCGAUCUCCCUCGAAGGUUCGUGUUAUUGGGAGUCUACCGUAGUACACACACACGUCACUGCUUAUUCUCUCACUUCACAAAUAUAUUUCUUUACGAACUUAUCCAAUAGUUGUCUUAAAUGUGGUUGUCACAAAUCAGUCAGUUAUGUUAAGUAAAACUGCUAAGAAAGCGAAAGAGGAAAGCGAAGGAAAUCGAGUGUUAUUAAAUGAGUUUUUCAAAAUUCUGAAAAUUAAAGUUGUAAAGAAUGUAAAAUAGGCAAACUCACUGCAACGAUUUCUCUCAGUCUAGUUCCAUGCGUCACGGUGGUUCCAACAAGAGUAUAGAGGUGCUUAUUCAGAGCGCAGGCGACAUCAGUGACGUAUCAACCUGUGCAGCAAGGACUACUGCAACUGGCCUGGGAACAAACACUGCAGACCCUGGAAUGAAGGCGACAUUCACUAUUAUUUCUUACGACAGCCAAAAUUGCCAACGCAAGCUAGGCGGCGACGUUUAUGAGGUGAAACUGAAGUCAGAUGUGCGAGGAGACGAAAUAAAGGUAGAUUUGAACGACCAAAAGGAUGGAACUUACUUGGCAGAAUAUACUAUCCCCCUCGACAGGUGGUAUGGUAGUUUGACAUUGUCCGUGUGCUUGCGAGGUGCACACAUUAGAGGCAGCCCUUUUGCUAUAAAUGCUAAGAUAUCCACAAAAACGGCUAAAAAGGUCGUUAGUCGUUCCUUUUGA